AUGUCAGACGACCCUGGUCAGAAGUUUUUUCAGCAUUAUUGGUGUCUGGAAAACCUGCACGACGAGGAAGCGGUGAACAGCAAAAGAGGAACAGAUGAGGUGCCGGACUCUUCGGCUGGGGAUAAAUCAUCGUUGAACGCUCGGUCGCCUCUUCUUUUGCAUUCUUCCGACAUAUUAUCUCCACUGAUAGGGCGGUCGAUACUAGGAAAACGGGACUUCCAGUGCCCUGCCGGGAGUGCACCAUGUACAUCCAUCAACCGGCCCAAGAGCUGCUGUCAGGCCGGAGAUGUGUGUCUAAUCGUGAAAGACACUGGCUUGGGUGACGUUGGAUGCUGCCCCCAGGGCCAGGACUGUUCGGGUCAACUCAUCUCUUGCCCUAAAGGAUACGCUACCUGCCCUGCUGACUUGGGUGGUGGUUGUUGUACACCAGGAUAUACCUGUGUGGCUGAAGGCUGUUUACUCGUCUCAACAACAACGGUUAUAAUAACACUGCCGUCAUCGACUAUAACGACAAUUUCUACCGUCAGCCAGACUACCACGGCACCACCUCCACCGCCUCCGCCAACAUCAGUACCAUCCCCUACAAUCUCACCUCCCGGUCGCCCUACUUCUAAUCCAUCAACUUCCGUAUCGUCUACUGUUAGCAUCCCGGAUCUGUGUCCCAUAGGAUUCUACGCAUGUAGCGCCGUAUAUGGCGGCGGAUGUUGCCAGACAGGCCGAGACUGCGAAACAACAUCCUGCCCGAUCACUGCGUCUUUGACAACCGUUGAAAGUAAUGGAGUCACCGUUGUAAUCCCAGCUGAAAGCGUUCCAAAUUCUGUAUCCGCUACCCCUACUAAGCGGUGUGCAGAUGGAUGGAUGAGCUGUGCUGCAAGUGAUGGAGGAGGAUGCUGCCCUAAUGGUUACCGCUGCGGUCAAGUUAGCUGCACAGCAUCAGCUACCGGCAUUGGAACAGCCGCAGUUGGCAAGGUACAACCUGGCAGUUCGGCUAGUUGCGAUAGGCCAAUUACGUUUAUUUGGCUGCUAGGCGCGAUGAUAUGGGUACUGCUGCUUUGA